AUGCCUCCGAAGGCAAAUGGGCCGGACAACAGGACCCGUAGCUCUUUCUCCGUGUUGAUCGUGGUGGGCCUCUGCUGUUUCUUCUACAUUCUGGGCGCAUGGCAGAAGAGUGGCUUCGGAAAAGGCGACAACAUAGCCUUGGAGAUAACCAAGCAGACUUCAUCAUCGGGAGACUGUGGAGUCUUGGCGAAUCUGAACUUUGAAACCCAUCAUGAUGGCGGCGGCAUCAUCCCUCAAGCCCCCAAUGCAAAGGUCGAGGUCUUCAAGCCUUGUCCCGAGAAAUACACAGACUACACCCCUUGCCAGGAUCAGAAGCGGGCGAUGACCUUCCCUAGGGACAAUAUGAUCUACAGAGAGAGGCACUGCCCUGGCAAAGAUGAAAAAUUGCGCUGCUUGAUUCCGGCUCCAAAGGGAUAUGUCACCCCCUUCCCCUGGCCGAAGAGCCGCGACUAUGUGCCCUAUGCCAAUGUCCCUUACAAGAGCUUGACCGUGGAGAAGGCUGUUCAGAACUGGGUCCAUUAUGAGGGCAACGUGUUUAGAUUCCCCGGAGGAGGGACGCAGUUUCCGCAGGGGGCAGAUGCGUACAUUGACCAGCUUGCUUCUGUGAUCCCAAUCGCGAAUGGAACUGUUAGAACCGCUUUAGACACUGGCUGUGGGGUAAGUUGAUGUUUUCUUCUGUGCAUUUUCUUCAAGCGUGAUGACUCUUGUAUCAGUUUUACUGAUUAUUUUCUUGGGCUACUCUCUCUCUCUCCUCUCCUUCUCCCCUUGUUUUUGAAUUCACCGGAGUGGUUGGUGAUGACGCCUUCUUGCAGGUUGCGAGCUGGGGGGCCUACCUGCUGAAAAGGAACGUCCUGGCCAUGUCCUUUGCUCCGAGAGACUCCCAUGAGGCUCAAGUUCAGUUCGCGCUGGAAAGAGGAGUCCCCGCUGUUAUUGGGGUCUUCGGCACCAUGAAACUUCCCUAUCCUUCUCGAGCAUUCGACAUGGCACACUGUUCUCGUUGCUUGAUCCCGUGGUCUGAAAAUGGUAUCGGCCAAUCCGAAAAUCAGUGAUCUUUUUGUUUAUGUGCUUUCACUUCCUCCCAGCUCCAGUUGGGUACAAUCCUUUGAAAAUCAUUUACUGCAGGAGCUGUUCUUUCGGGCUUAGUUCUUGCCAAUUCCUUGCAGAUGGAAUGUACAUGAUAGAAGUGGACCGCGUGCUGAGGCCCGGCGGGUACUGGGUGCUGUCUGGGCCACCCAUCAACUGGAAGUCACAUCAUCGAGCCUGGCAGCGCACCGAGGAGGACCUCCGACGGGAGCAGUCGAAGAUCGAGCAGGUCGCCGAUCUCCUAUGCUGGGAGAAGGUCUCCGAGAAAGGGGACAUCGCCGUGUGGAGAAAGAGAAUAAACGGCGAGUCCUGCACCGCCAGGCAGGAUGCAUCUGAGCCCAACAUGUGUACGGCUCCAAAUCCAGAUGAUGUCUGGUAAUUGACACAUUCGCACCCUUUUCUACUCGUUAACUGCUAUUGGGGUUAUAUUUCAUGGGCAUGGCGCCUCGCUCCACACUGGGCGCCUCAGGUACAAGAAGAUGGAGCCCUGCGUGACCCCCUUGCCAGAAGUGGGCGAUCCCGGGGAGGUCGCCGGAGGAGAGAUCCUGCCGUUCCCGGCCAGACUGAAUGCGGUGCCCCCCAGAGUAGCCAGGGGCUCCAUCCCCGGCGUCUCGGCUGAGGCUUAUCGCAAGGACAACAGGCUGUGGAAGAAGCACGUUGAAGCCUACAAGAAGAUCAACAAGUACCUCGUCUCCGGGAGGUACCGCAACGUCAUGGACAUGAACGCCGGCCUCGGGGGCUUUGCGGCAGCGAUCGAGUCUCCCAGAUUGUGGGUCAUGAAUGUUGUGCCCACCAUUGCUGAGCCCUCUUCUCUGGCCGCCAUAUACGAGAGGGGCUUGAUCGGCAUAUACCAUGACUGGUAUGACCCCCCCCCCACCACCGCCGCCAUCAUGACUGGUAUGUCGCUGCCGCCUCGCUAGAUGCUCUGCUUGAUUAUUUGUUGGUCUGGUUGCAGGUGCGAGGGUUUCUCCACCUACCCGAGAACGUAUGAUCUCAUCCACGCCAGCGGCGUCUUCAGCUUGUACAAGAACAAGUGAGCCUACCCUCGCUGCUUCGCUCCUUUCUGUGUAUAGAAACAGAGCAAGAACAUGCCUGAAAGUUUUGUUUUGACCGGUGGAAAUCUGAUCUGAGACCCUGUGGGUGGGACGAAACCAGGUGCGCCGUGGAGGAGAUCCUGCUGGAGAUGGAUCGAAUACUGAGGCCGGAGGGCGCCGUCAUAUUCCGCGACGAGGUCGACGCCCUCGUGAAGGUCAAGAGGGUCGCCGGCGGCAUGAGAUGGGACACGAAGAUGUAUGACCACGAGGACGGCCCCCUAGUGCCGGAGAAGAUCCUGGUCGCCGUCAAGCAGUACUGGGUCGGCGGCGGCAACACCACCGCCAACAGUUGA